AUGAAUACAGGACUACCAGAACGAACGAGCUUUCCUGCCCCGCCCACGAGGAUCGAGUUUGCCCGUUGCUUCCAGGCGGCCUAUCGGGCUGACUUUGGCGAUUCUGGCUGCUCGCUUCGAGGCGACUCGGACUCGGACUCUGGAGAGUCCUGGCCGUCGAUCCACACGUCUGACUUCUCCACUGAGUCUGACGAUGAUGCCCUCACGACCGACUACGAGGAUGACUACCUCUUGCGCACCGGCAUCAAACCGUGGCCGACUCUGGGUCCCAGACCACCGCCCCACGCCCGGGUCAAGAAACCCGUCAAGGAGGUCCGUCUGACGGUCCAAAGCAGGAAGGACGCCGCCCUCAUUUUCGAAGAUCCCAAACUGCGGCACCAGCCCGCCUUCUCUUCGUGGGAAGUUGAGCUGGGACCGGAGAGAGUGAAAAGACGCGAGCGUAAACUGCUGCUGCGCCGCCAACGCCAGACCGAAAGCUUACGCCGAAAGGAGCAUUCGCCCUCGCCCUCACCAUCGUCCUCGACCUCAAGUGAUACGGAAAUGGACGAGUCGGACAUGGACGACUCAGAAAUGGACGACUCUGAUUUUGAUGAUAUCAACCAGCUCUUCGCCGAGGCGCUGCGGCAACACGACAUCGCCACCGGCAUAGACCCGGCAAGCCUCCGCCGCCGCUAA